AUGGCAAGUUCGUUGUUGCUAUCUGGUCAAGCCUGGCACGCUCGUCGACCGUUACAUGGAUGUUCUAUUCCUUGUGCGGCAAAAAGUUUAGUGCCGGCUUCAUGUCACCGGACACAAUUGAGGCAAAGAUCCAUAGAUGAAGUUCACUUGAAGAAUGCGCCAUUUUCUGGUCAGUUAGCGCAUAGGUUCAAACCAGUUUUAUCUUCUAGCUCAGAGGAUGCUCAUCUGACCAGUGAGGAACCAGAGAAACUGAAAAGUGAAAAGACCUUCGAGCAAUGGGAUUCAAUGACAGCAAAGUUUGCUGGGGCAGCAAAUCUACCAUUUCUGUUAUUACAACUUCCUCAGAUUAUACUCAAUACGCAGAAUCUUAUCUCAGGGAACAGAUCUGCACUUUUUGCUGUCCCUUGGCUGGGUAUGCUUACCGGAUUGCUCGGUAAUCUUUCUCUAGUCUCAUACUUCAUACAAAAGAAGGAAACCGAGGCUGUGAUCGUGCAAACUUUGGGAGUCAUAUCCACAUAUAUAGUGAUGUUGCAGCUGGCCAUGGGGGAAGCUAUGCCCCUACCUCAAUUUAUUGUCGUAACAAUAGUGGUGGCAACCGGUCUCGUUUUGAAUUUUAUGAAAUAUUUUGAUUUUCUUAACUUGGGGAUGUGGCGCUUUUGGGAAGACUUUGUUACUGUGGCAGGGCUAUCCACACUUCCACAGGUCAUGUGGUCGACUUUCAUCCCUUAUCUCCCAAAUACUGCCUUGCCUGGGAUAAUCAUCUUCAUUUGUUCAGUUAUUGCUGUUCUAAUGGCUCGCAUGGGAAAGCUACCUGAUAAAGGCACCAAGUUUCUUGAAUCAGCAUCUGGAUGGACGGCUACUCUUCUUUUCAUGUGGAUGGCUGUUGCACAAUUGUGGACCAAUCUUCUGAAUCCUGAAAACAUUAAAGGUUUAUCAGCUAUCUCAAUGUUGCUGGCUAUGUUAGGCAACGGGCUUCUGAUUCCACGUGCUCUAUUUAUUCGUGAUCUUAUGUGGUUUAUGGGUACAAGCUGGGGGUCUGUCAUUUACGGAUGGGGAAACCUGAUAUGCUUGUACUGCCUCAAUAGUAUCAGCAGGGAGUUUUUCUUGGUUACGACCCUCGGUUUUGCUGCCUGGAUAGGGUUGACGUUUUGGAGAGAUUCACAAGCCCAUGGGCUCGGUUCACCGUUUGCUUCUUUCAAGGAGUUAGUUUUUGGGCACUGA